AUGUCUGUCCCCCAGCAUCCUCCUCCUUCUCCUCCCAAGCAUCAACCUGCCACCAAGAAGAAGAAGACCCAGAAGACCACGAAUCCAGACGUCGCGUCUGUCACCCCGGCCACCGCUUCGCCCACUCCUGGUGCUCCUGGUACCCCUGGAGUCGCUGCUGCUGCGUCUACUCAGGAUUGGUCCAACAAGGAGACGCUCGUCAUGUUGCGGGAGCUUGUCGACCGGCGCUUGUGGAUACUGGGCGCAAAGGUCGUACAUCAAGACCUGGCAGAAGAAGACUCUGGUACCGUCCUCAGGACGGACAAGUCCCUCAAAGGGAAAAUUAACACACUUAGGAAGGACUACAAGCUCAUUGCCACCCUGCUCAACGACUCCUCCGGCUUUGGUUGGAACGAUGAGCUCAAGUGUGUUUGCCACGAGGACGAUUUUUGGUGA